AAAUACAUCACCAAGAUGAAGCUCAAAGAUGUAAGUGUUUCAUAAAUUAGUAAUAGGGAAUAGCAAUGCUUAAAAUGGAUGAAAGGAUGUGGAUGAAUACUUCAUAUUUGUUUAGACGAGAUGUACAUGGACAGCAGGUGCGGAGACUCUAUUGAUAUGUCAUCACUGGGAGUAGAUACGUUGAAACUGUCACUAACUUCAAACAUCUCAUAUGAUAAUGAUAUGAAUUGUUCAAUGAUCUUCAGUACCGAUACUGUGCAUAAACUGGAGUUAAGAUUCGAUAGAUUUGCAACUGAACCGGGAUACGAUUUGCUACAUAUUCACGAUGGAACAUCUUCAAGUUCCCCUUAUAUUGCAGGUAUGAAGGGACCACUAAGUGGGCGAACGGACAACCAUAAUGUUUACAUGACUUCCGGAAGAUAUUUGUUCUUACACUUCACAAGUGAUAGUAGUACACACGAUACAGGCUUUACCAUAACAAUUUCUACUUAUUUCACAGGAUAUAAACUGGAAGAUGCUAUAGAUGUCAGUUGUGGUGAAAAUGGUUGGGAUAUUACAGUACAUAUGGAUAAACUUAGGCAGAUAUAUCCUAAUGCAAAAGCUUCAGACAUCUAUCUUGGAGAUAACACAUGCACUGGGACUCUUUCUGGAGAAAGGCUGACCUUUAGACAAGGACUGAGAGAAUGCUUGACGACGGAAAUGAAACGUGACAAUAUACUGGUGUAUCAUAAUGAACUAAUAUAUGCCGAGCAUGACCCGAGGUACCCAUUUAUUAUUCGGCAUUACAACUGGACAGCUGGUAUUGAGUGUGAUGUCAACCGUAAUAGCUCCUUAACAGGACAUAUACAUUAUGACAAUAUUGAUCAUUCGAAAGAGCCACAAAUAACUGGAGGAAGCCAUUACACAACAAAUAUGUCCUUUUAUAUCGAUCCAAACUUUGUCCAUGGAGUUCCUGGAAACCCUCUACAUCUUUCCGUGGGAGAAAGGCUUUUUGUGAAGGUGUACACAGAUGGGACAGACUGGACGAUCAAGAUGCGUGUGCACACCUGUUACACCAAACCAGCAAUCACUUCAUCGGACCAAAUGAAGUUUUAUCUUAUAAAGAAUGGUUGCGAAGUUGAUACAAACACUCAUAUUAUAUCACAAUCUCCGCACGAGACAAAAUUCACAUUUGAAGCGUUCGAGUACACGAGCUACCACGAGGGAAUACAAGUCUACUGUGACGCUACAUUUUGCGGGUGGGACGACUACUCGAGAGAAUGUUCACAGACGUGUAAUCCUGUUAUACGAAGACGAGGAUAAACACAGAAAUUCCUGGGUUUUCCGGACAACUGAAUUGAUAAGGGUUAUGAUAACUUGAUUAUCGUAUAAUAAGUUGCUGUUUUUUUUUCUUUCAGAAAUAAAACUCGAUGAUUUCAUAUGAUUAAUAAUUGACUAUUAAUUAUAGAUAUAAACUAUAAAUUAUUGAAAAAUAACAAAGUUACAGAUUUACUAUGAAUUCAGUGUGUUGCAUCAAAAUCGGAACCAUUUGAGAGAUUACUUGACCAAAAACCAUUAUCAGUUUUUAUAGUUUAAUCAGUCAAUAACACAUUUGCCCAUGACUAAAUUUUUACCUAAUAGUAUGUGCUGUUUGUAUUCCUUUUGAUUAACAUUAAAUUAUAAUUAGGGA